AUGCUUAUAGUAGCUAAAUGCUUUAGUGUUGGUCUUCCUUUAUCGAAACAUCUUCAGCGGGUUAGUAUUGACCUUGGCGAAGCGAUCCAAUUAGCGGAGGAUACAAUAAAAGAACUUGAAGAUUUUCGAAAAAAUGCUGAUUCUAUUUUCCAAGACAUUUUUGAAAAUGCUGUUUCUCUUGGUAAUAAAUUUGGUAUUACUAUAAGUAUCCCUAGAACUACGAAAAGACAAGCAAACCGUGUAAAUGUUGAAACUGAUUCAAUUGAAGUAUAUUAUAGAAUCGCUAUAUUUAUACCUUAUAUUGAAACAUUUAUUGAGCAAUUGAAAGUUCGAUUUACCAGCCAUAAAGCUAUUUUAGUUAAUUUUAAUUCACUCAUAAGUCUUAAUACGGAUGAAAACCAUUUUUUGUCAUUAACUGAAACAUACAUGGAAGAUCUUUCUUCGUCCUCCAAGACAGUAUUAUUAUCGGAGUAUAAUUUGUGGCAAAGACGACUGAGAAAUUUAGAAACUUCUAACUAUAGAAACGCAAUGGAAGCUUUGUCUGUAUGUAAUCCAGAAAUAUACCCAAAUAUAUUUAAAUUGUUAACAAUUUUUGCGACACUCCCAGUUUCAACUGCACAGAACGAAAGAUCAUUUUCAUCACUUAAAAAGAUAAAGACUUAUUUACGUAAUAGUGUAAUACUAUGGGCCAAGUAA